AUGGCCACGGGUUACGCGCACGCGCCCAACGGGCCCGACGCAAAGUACCCAGAGUCGCGCGUCCUGAUCAUCAUGACCGGGGGCACGAUCUGCAUGCAGCCCUCGGCGGACGGGCUGGUGCCCAUGACGGGCUUCCUCGAGAAGGCCAUGGCGCCGCGCCCGACCUUCAACGACGCCUCGCCGCCCGUGCAGCUCCACGCCUACAAGAACGGCGAGAAGCUCUCCCUCGAGAGCCUGAGGACGCCGCCCAGUUCCUACUCGCGCCACGUCCGCUACAGCAUCCUCGAGUUCUCCCCGCUGCUCGAUUCUAGCUCCAUCUCGUCUGUCGGUUGGACCGAGGUGGCCCUGACGGUCAAGGAGAAUUAUCACCUCUUUGAUGGCUUCGUGGUGCUCCAUGGCACAGAUUCUUUGGCCUAUACCGCGUCAGCAUUAUCCUUCAUGAUGACAGAUCUGGGAAAGCCAGUCAUCUUGACAGGCUCUCAAGCAUCAAUCUUUGCCCUUCAAUCCGAUGCGGUGGACAACCUCCUGGGCUCCCUCAUCAUUGCAGGAACCUUCGUGAUACCCGAGGUCUGCCUAUUCUUCUCGCACACUCUCUUCAGGGGAAACAGAACGACCAAGGUCUCGGCAUCGGCCUUCGAGGCUUUUGACAGCCCGAACUGUGAGCCCCUCGCGAAAGUGACUAGCCUGGGCGUCGAUGUUAAGUGGUCGCUGGUGCGACGUCCCACGAGGAUAGCCGAGUUCCAGGUCACCAAGUACAUCGACACAGCCCAUGUGGCCUGUUUGCGGAUCUUCCCGGGUAUCAAGCCGGAAAUGGUGGACUCUGUCUUGCGUGUCCCCAACCUGAAGGGCCUGAUCCUCGAGACCUUCGGGAUGGGCAACGCCCCGGGCGGUGUGGACGGUAGCCUGACAAAGGUUAUCAAGGAGGCCGUUGAGAGGAAGAUCGUGGUCGUGAAUGUGAGCCAGUGCACAAACGGUUUCGUGUCACCGCUGUACGCCCCAGGGUUCGCCCUUGGCCGUCUUGGAGUCGUGUUUGGCUAUGAUCUUACAACAGAGGCUGCUUUGACAAAGCUCUCGUACCUCUUGGCCGUUGAAAACCUCUCUUAUUCGGACAUUACCAGACAAAUGGCCCACUCCAUCCGCGGUGAAAUGACCGAGAUGACAACGCCGAGCUUCUCUCACCCCUCCGGCACCCUGGACGCGCUCGUGGGCAGCCUCUCAGCCGCGGACGCGGCGUUCACAGCCCUCGGCUAUGCCAUCCAGAGGGGCGACUUGCGGAAUGUCCGCGAGGCCCUCGAGGCGGACGAGGCCAGCCAUCAGCUUCUGAAGAAGGCCGACUAUGCCGGUAAUACAGCUCUCCAUCUGGCGGCCAUGAGCGCGAACGUGGAGAUCUUACGAGAGCUGCUCACCCGUGGGGCCAGCGUGCACGCGAGGAACUCGGCAAACAACACGCCGCUCUUCCUGGCCAGGAGGACGGCCCACAGGGAGUGCAUGGAGUUGCUCGAGGGCGCGGGAGGUCACCUGUGGAUAGACGAGAGGGCGCACAGCGGAGUCUCGACGCCGAGGACCGCUGACUUCCCCCUGAGCAGACCAAUGUCUCCAGGGAUGUGA